UUUCACCUCUGAUCUAUAAACUUGAAAGAAAUGGCGGCUUAUUCGGUGCCUGCUGGUGUUUGCACCAAUUACUUCAAUAUUGACGAUAUUUUAGCGAGCCAAGAGAAAGUUCCUUGUGUUUUUAACGCUAAAGUUGCGGCACUGGGAUAUCUGGACCAGAGCACCACUGAUGUUGACCUCAAUGUUGGUACCAAGCUGGAGUUACCAUUCUGGCUAGCUCGAUUUCUUCAGAAAGGUGCUCGGAACAUUGUCACCGUGGAUACUCCCAAGACCUACAAAGAGGGCUACAGGAACAUAUUCACCGCAGACCCCAAUGUAGUCGACCUCCAUAGACUUGGUCCAUUCUUUUACUUGUUUGGGGGCAAACUGCUGACUUUGCAGCUACCUGAUGCAGAAGAAAUUGCUGAUGUUUUGCUUAAAACAUUUCAGGGAAGGUUCCGAAAAAUUAUGGAUGGCUCUCAGAAUGCUUUGCAUGCAGACCUUACAAGUCAAACCAGCGUGCUGGAUGAUCAGGAACGCCAUUUAUUUGCAGCGGGUCAAGACAGCUUGCAUGGCUUCCACAGGUGGGAGAAGAGGGAGACGGAAAAAUUGUCCACCUCUGUCAUGGUGGCCAACCACAGAAAGAGGAAGAGGAUCGGCGCGAUGCCAACUGCUUCAUGAUUGCUGUGAUUUAUUCUUACCCUGUUCUUGAUGAAAUUACAUCUUUCAAUUCUUGUGAGAAAGUGAGAUGUACACUCAUUAGACAGCUUCUAUUUAAGUUGUAUGUCGACAGUGAAAGUUGCAAACUGUCUAAGUCCUGAAACACUAAUUUUGAAAUAAACACAAAAAAACUGUUUAAAUGUUAUUUUUACCCGCAUAUUAUAAAGUUGAGAGUUAUUAGAGCUGCGUCUUUAAAAUAUUUUUAGUUAAAUGAAUAAUUUUAACCAAUGUUCCAAGAUUUUGUCAAUAACCAGUGUAGAAAUGCGAUUAAUGGAUUUCUAUUUUGGGAGAGGAUGGUCCUACGUUAUGGUGGUUUAGCGUCUAGUCACUUUCCUGUGGCGAUGGAGGUCCAAGGUUUAAAUCUUUGACAUCUGGAUUGUACUAUUGAGUCACAAAGCAAACAAAAAAGGGACUUAUAAGGCGCAGAUAUAGACCACAAUAUAACCACGCUCACGGUGCUUUACAAUUUCAUUUUACUCCCCUGGCCAACAACAACACUGUAUACAUUGAAGAAGACCAUAACAGUCUGUUAGCUUGUUGCUUUCUAUAAAGUAUUAAUUUUACUUUACUUUACAUCAUGUGUUAGACUGUUGAACUAACAAUGACUACAUGAUAGUUGUGGGUGACAUACAUGGGAUACACAAAAGCAAUAAGUCUGUAUUAACCCUUAAAACCCUAUACUGCUGGUAACCGCUGACGCCGUAUUUUCCUAUAUCGCUGGUAACCGCUGGUCAACUUUAUCGUUUAAUACCGGAUGCUAGAAACAAAGGAUGUAACUCCAGAUGACUCUUACACAAGAAGAAAAUACCAAUAAUGUAAUUAGGGCAGUUCUACUCCGAAAGUUAGGAAAUUUUGCGAGUUUUUAAGAAAAAUUUGUGACUUUCGCUGCCAGGCCCUACAGGCCGCAAAUUUUUUACAUUUUUUAUCCUGAACCAGACCUCAAUAAUGGUCUCCCAGGUGGAUAAAUCGAUAAAUAUGACCACUGAAGACGAUUGCAAUGUUUCACAUAACAUCGAUGAUGAUUUUGACGAUAGUGGAAUUAGCAGGGGAUCCCCACUAGAGCUACCAGAGGCUAGAUCUACGGCUGGGUCUGAUGAUGCUUUGACUGAAGUGGAGUUAGGGGUCACACUCAAUUUCAAUUGGUUAUUGAGUCCUGAAAUCGAAAUAGAACAUGCUUGCUUUGUGGCUCUAUGAUGAA